GUCACUAUUUUCAUGUUGCAUUCAAUGCUUAUGUUGAUUAAAAUGAUUAUGUUUGAUUAAAAAAUCACUACAUCCAGUUUAUUUAAAAUUCAAUCUUUAUCCUUAAUUUCAACAAGCAGAAUAUUAAUUGUGCAACUUUAUCAACUGCGAACAGAAUAUAAAGCAAAUAUUAAGUAUUAAAUAGUUUAACGGGCAAAUAUAAUCAAGGAAUAAGAGAAACACACACGAAUAAAUUCUGUUUCUUUACAAUCUUUCUAUUAUUUAUUUUUACCAUUGAUGUUGGAGAUGACGUUGGAGAUAUAAAAUAUUGGGACACUAUUAUGCCGUUUGUUGCCUCUAGAAAUAUAUCAUGUAUUGCUGCUUCCAUCCUGGCAUCUUGCAUCUUUCGUCCUAGCUGCUCCGUCAUGACAUAGUUCACGUCACUGAUAUUCGCAUAAAUACGAUUCGAUCGUGGAGAGGCAUGUUAAUUAACGCGGUGGCAGCAAAAAUUCAAUUAAAAACAUUCCCAGAGCCGAUGAAAUAUUUCACAUUAAAUGUACUCGAUCACGAAAGAGUGUACACGACACGUACCAAAACAAUCGGCAAGAAGUGUAAAUUUACCUCCUCCCAUCAACUAUCAACGAUAGCUGCUUGUUAUCGAAAACGUCGAGUGAUCACAACAAUCAAAACAUUCCGGACCUUCAAGGCGGUCAAACGUAUCUUCGCGUGUCGUCCUCGCUUUCCCGAGUCCUCAUUGUGUUUCGAGUCACCGACACAUAUAUCACGGACUAUGUGUGUCGAUUCGUUAUCAUUUUUCUGAGGUGAUUAAUCGAGUUCUCAUCGGCAUCGCGUUAUUUCAUACCUGUAUCUUCGACGAUCGAAUCGUGUCUACGCGAGUGUCAGUGUUAGUGUCGGUGCCAGGACGCGUCAGGAUGUUGGGUCAAAAAGCCAAGACAAAGGAUGCAGGAUCUCAAGACGAGCAACAACACAUAUAUCUCGAGAACAUAAAAAACCGUGCGGCUGAGCAGCAGAGUAGCGUUAAUCGUGAAAAGUCGUCGAUACCGUUCCUAACAUCGCGAGUGCGUUGUCGGCGCGCUAGCAAACCAUCAGAGUCGAUUGCAUCCGGCCGGUGGGGUCUGAAACGAUCCGCCUUUCGGUUGCAGCGUGUGGCGAACCAGGCGCUUACCGUUUCGCCACAGCCGGCAGUAACGGUGGAGGGGCCGGUGUCCAAAAUGUCUCCACCGACGAACGACGUGACCAACGGUGUGGUAGCGCCACCCAGCACCUUGGCGCCCCGGGUUCCACCGACCGCGAACCCGUCCAUCACCGCCAACAACCUACCGCACAAGCGUACUCCGAAGGACUUCAUCUUCGGCAAGGUGAUCGGCGAGGGAAGCUUCUCCACUGUUUACCUUGCCAAAGACAUCCACAGCAGCAAGGAGUACGCCAUCAAGGUGUGCGACAAGCGUCACAUAAUCAAGGAGAAGAAGACCGAGUACGUGAAGCGUGAGAAGGAGGUGCUGAACAUGCUCGCGAGCGCCAAGCACUCGUUCGUGCGCCUGUUCUGCACCUUCCAGGACGUGGAGAGACUCUAUUUUGUCCUGUCGUACGCUAAGAACGGCGAGCUCCUGCCCUACAUCAACAAGGUGGGCUCCUUCGACAUCGAGUGCACCAAGUUCUACUCGGCGGAGAUCCUGCGGGGUCUCGAGUACCUGCACGGACUCGGCAUCAUUCACCGGGAUCUCAAGCCGGAGAACAUCCUGCUGGACGAGAAGAUGCACGUGCUCAUCACCGACUUCGGCAGCGCCAAGAUCCUCAAGGAAGAUCCGGAGACGGUAAUGACGCAUCCUGCCUCGGACGACGCACAGCAGCAAGAGCGAUACUGCAGGGAACGCAGGGGCUCCUUCGUUGGUACCGCUCAAUACGUGUCACCCGAGCUACUGAUCGAAAAAAAGGCGAGCAGGGCGUCCGAUCUCUGGGCUCUGGGCUGUAUCGUCUACCAGAUGGUCGCCGGCCUGCCACCCUUCCGCUCCAGGAGCGAGUACAUGAUAUUCCAGAAGAUCCUGAAACUCGAGUACGAGAUACCGGACGGUUUCUGCGAGCUGGCGAGAUCUCUCGUCAGCCAGCUGCUGGUCCUGGAGCCAUCGGGACGAUUGGGCGCCCAGGACGAGCACGGCGCCGGUUACCCCAGCAUCAGGGCGCAUCCCUUCUUCGAGGGUGUCGACUUCGAGACCCUCCACGAGCAGACACCGCCGCCGAUCUAUCCGUAUCUACCUGGCACGUCGGAGCACGAGGAGCUUAGGUCGCAGUACAGGGUGCCAGAUAACCUCGAACCCGGUCUUGACGACAAGCAGCUCACCAGACUCCUCGGGUUGGGCAUCGGCGAGGACACUGACGAUGACGACGACACUACUACCGGCACCGGCGCGGAGCAGCACGCCGCCAAGCCUGUCAGCAAGACCGCAGUUGUGGAGAACCCGAGGCGGCGGACCAACACCGACGGCAACAUUGCCGAUAUGACGCCGGAGGAGGUCAGGAGACGGCUGGAGUCGCAGCACGCGAGUCCGUGGCACGAGUUCGUCAAAGACAAUCUCAUAGUGAAGCAGGGUUUCGUCAACAAGAGGAAGGGCCUCUUCGCCAGGCGGAGAAUGCUCCUGCUCACCACCGGACCACACUUAUUCUAUGUCGACCCAAUCAGUAAGGAGCUCAAGGGCGAGAUACCCUGGAGUCCCGAGCUGAGGGUCGAGCCGAAGAAUUUCAAGAUCUUCUUCGUCCAUACGCCAAACAGGACAUACUAUCUCGAAGAUCCCGAGGGAUUCGCAUUGGAGUGGUGCAAAGCUAUCGAGGAGAUGCGAGUCCACUAUUACGGCCUGCAGGAGACCGCCGCUUAAAGACAGAAAGAGGCGCGCUCGAGUGAUCCGAUAGACAGAAGAAAGUGACGAGCAACAAUGGUAAAGUCCGCGAGUGGCGAUCGCUAUGCCGGUCCGUAUCUGACGAGAGGAGAUGGCGAAAUUGAAUGUUCGCCAGCUUAGCCGAUUGUGUAAAGUAGAUUAGUAGACUUAUCGUGCGCGCCGCAUACUCGCGCGCUCUGUACAGUUUAGGGCAAAUUCUUUAGGCAAAUUACCGCAAAAAAUCGCGGAACCUCCGUCGGAGUAACCAUCGUCGUGCGGUGACUUACUAUUACUUACGUUUGCUAUUUAUUUCGUCGAUACUUUAGGUAGAAAAACGGGAGAAUCGCAAUUAUUCGCGCGUGAAUCGCACGACGCACGCGCGGAAAGACGAAGGAGGACAAAAACGGAGGAUUAGAGAAAUUUUUAGCCAAGGCUUCUCCGACGCUGCGUGGCUGUACUCGCGCAGCGUCUGCUACUACUGCUGCUGCUGCUGCUGCUGCUGCUGCCGUGUGACGUAACACGCGUGUGUGAGAUCGAGGUCGCCUGGGGCAAAGAAAAAUAAAGUCCGCGCACCCGUAAAUUUCCAUGUUUACAGUUCUGGCGAUACGAAGCGCAAUCGGAACCUCCGCGGUACUGUCAAAUCUUUUUUUUCUUUUUUGCGAACUCAUGAAUCGGCUUUCAAAAGGAAGUUGGCGGCGAGUCUCACCUCUUAGAAAAGGAGGGAGGAGAGAAGACUGGGAGAGAGAAUGAAAAAAAGACACAGUUAAUUUCGACCCAGGCGUCUCGACCGUGAACGCGUCGCACGGAGCGCUUGAAUAGUACUUUUAUUCCUAUGCAUUAGUGAAAUUCGUCGGGCGCGACACAUCGACGCCGGACAACGCGACGACAUUUAGACGGAAUUAAAGACCGAGCGGGCGGCUCUCUCUUAGCGCACCAGUCGCCACGCCGGUAACUUAGAAGUCAAUUUACAUGUAGUAAUAUCGAAGUUAGCUAGGAAGAGUAAAAGGAAACCACGAAAAAUGCAAUGGAGGAUAACGAUUCACUUUGCAGCUUUAAUGUAACGUUCGUUACGUCGCCUGCAAAGGAUCCCUGGAAACUCGCGAUGUUCCAGGCGAUCUUUGCUCUCUUCGUGGUGCGCGCGCGUACACAACCAACACACACACACACACACACACACACACACACACACACACACACACAAAAUCCUAGUAUUUUCUCCCUCGUCACGUCGUACAUCCGUCUCCUCUUCCUCUCUCCUCGUUCACCCUCGCGUGGCUCCUCUCAUCUUCUACCCUCGUGCAUAUUCCCUGUAAAUAUUACACAGUGCGUCUCCACGAAAAAGGGCUCCAGGCUUCGUAAGAGCACUCGUGUAACAUAGUAGAUACGUAAGUAGACAAAAAGAAGUAUCGUUGUCUUACCACGGUGUUUUCAUCGCGCUUUAAGUUCGCUUCUCGUCUGGCCCUCGCGGACUCGAGCAUGCGAUCGGUGACUAUUAAAAAACUGGCGGAAUAUCGCGGAGAUGAUCGGAACGGAUCGGGAUUGUUCUUUCGGCUCCUCCGACUCUCUGUGUCCGCACGUUCGUUUGUACAAAAGUAACCGUUGGAGAUAAACGGGAAAACGGGGCACACGGGGGACGCGCGCGGACGACGGACUUGUUCGUUACUUCCCCCUCCCGUGUGAGAAAGACUACUACAGGAUACGCAACAUGCCCGAAGAACUUUAGAUAGCAAUACAUAGACUUGUUUCCUUUUUUUUCUCUUCAUUUCGUACGUAGCUUUAAGAAAACGCUAGUAGAGGAUUCGUUUAGAUGCGUAUUUCGUCGAUUGGGUUAAUUAUCGUGGUCUCCGUGUGACUACUAGUGCGAUUAUAACGGUAUGAUUUAUUAUUAGUGUCUAGCGAAAUUACAAUUACUAUUCACCACUUUGCGUCAUAAUGAUCCCUGAAUGGCUGGUCAAUGUGUAUUACCACUACGAGUAUUCAUUUCCUCACCCGCGCCCUGCUAAAUCCUUGUCCUCGUCUCCCCCAACCGCCCAUCCCUCCCAUCACUUCCUCUCGCGUGUACCCGUGAUUUAAUUGAACGGCCUCGCGCAUCGUUUAUUUAUUCUCUUCUUACCUCGUUAUACUUGCCUCGAAUUAUUUAUUCUCGUUCUCCCCGUACAAUAUAUUAUCGCGCGCGCGCGCGUGAGGACCGUCACUGCGUUCGUAUAGAGAUUACAGACUAGUUACUAUCGCUACCGCCACACUGCGACUAUAUAUUUACUAUUUAUAUUAUUAUCUCGCUAUUGUACUAUUAACUACUCCUACUAUUUACUAUUACUAUUAUCGCCACCACUACGCUGCAUUGUUACUACGUUUUACUGCGUAUAUAUAUAUAUAUAUAUUAUAUAUAUAUUCUAUAUUACACGUCAACUAUUGUCGUUAGAGUUAGCUGUUUCUAGGUAAAAUCGUUCCCCUGUAAAUACGUACCGCGCCGCCGCCGCCGCGUUCGACGGGAUUGUGUAAAAAGGAGGAAAGGAACAGGCAGACAUAUCGAGACGCGACUCAAUCGGUGCGACAUCGCGACCGAGCCGUAUAAGCCCAAGCAUAUGUAUAAUAAUACGACUGUAUGAUAGACACGUGCGCAGAUAUAUAAUAUAUAUGUAUAGGUAUAUAUAUAUGUUGUAUAAAAUAUUUAUAUAUACAUACGCGAAAAUGUGAAUAGUAGUUAGGGAAGAAACUAUGUAUAAACGUUCGUAGGUUACGUCGCGUUUAGGUUUAAUACGCUAAAAUCUCUAUAAUCGGCACGGCUCGCUCGCGAUUUCGCACGAUUUCUCAUUUUAGGCCCCUUUAUCUAUAUCUAUAUCUAUAUGUAUAUAUAUAUAUAUAUAUAUAUAUAUAUAUAUAUACAUAUAUAUAUAUAUAUCUUUAAAUCUCUUUCAAUCUCUCUCUCUUUCUCUCUCUCGCACAAUGCAGACGUAAACAGGGUAUUCGGGGGAUGGCCGGGCAGCUGGUGGUCGCGCGCGUUGCGCCGCGAUGUUCGAAAAAAUGGUGAUUCGUUUCGACGGAUCGGCAUUGUUCUCGCUGCCCAGUGGCUUUGUCAAAAAGACCGCUUUUGGCGGGCCGCGCACGGUGCGGGCGGACGAAAAAUCACCGAGCGAACGGACGCGGCCAUCGCGUCCCGGCCGGACUUCUCUAUUCUUCUUUCUAGUGAGAACUGAUCGCGAGAGAGACAUACAUACAUAUGUAUCCGUAGUUAGUUAGUUUGUUGGUUAGAGUUAGUUUAUCACGAGUCGCGUCUCGACUUAACGGCGUAAUCUUUCUACCGCGAACGAAGAAGCACGCGUGUCGCGAAACUUUGGUUGGAUGUAACCGCGCGCGCGAGAAGUCAUGUAUAUUUCCGACUCUGAAAUAUGUGUGUGUAUGUGUGUGUAUAUAUGCGAGUAUAUUUUUUCGAGGACGUAUAGAGAUAAAGAUAAUAUAUUUCCGGAAUAUGUGUAAAUAUCACACGUCGACGUUGUGCUUCUUCUACGGACAGAGAGAGUACGUGCUCAAUCCGAUCGCCGAUCUCGUUACCUUACACGCAACACACACCACUAUUACCCAUAUACACAUACAUACACACAUCCCAACACGUCCACACCCACACGUUAAACUUUCUCUUUCUGUUUUUCUCAUCCCUUCUCUUUCCACACACGAGAUAGGGUGAACGGAGAUCGCGCGUCGUUUCCAUCACGGCGAACUUUGCAGGUCCUACGUUUUAUGCAGGCGUUGCAAACUUUAAGAUGGGAACCGGUGCGCUUCUUUGCGAGAGGAAUGGCGCACGUUCCUCCGAGAUGGGCGAAGGGACCGUCGACAAGCGUUUUCGUCGCGCUGGUCGAGCAUCGAUCCCCGAAAUUCCUCGCCGCCCUUCUCGGACUUUGCUGCGUCGGCCUCCUCUCGCCGUGUAUCAUAUUAAGAUAAAUUAAUUCGAUACGCGCGCGCCUUUCUCUUCGUUCGAAGGCGCCGCGAGACGAAUAUACGUUCACUAAGAAAUGAUAGUUUAAUUUAACUUAAGAUUAUACAGAAGUGUGUCGUCCGGGGAGAUGUAUACUUAAAAGAAAAGUUAACAAGAAAUCGGAACUUUCUCACAUCCGUCGCGCAUCCCUUCGCGGAUCUGCGGCUGGACACGCAAGCAAUAACAGCAAGGCCUUGCGCGAAUAUUACUGAUGCCUACUGUUUCGAUACAGAGCAGAAACGCUUCAACUAUUAAUUGCAGUAUUACUAAAUGUAUACAGAUUAAGUAUAACGUACACGCAAGUACACGACACACAUACACAUGCGUUUAUAAUCACAUACAGACAUACAUACUUACACAUGCAAUGAGAAGACUUUGUAAAUAGUUAGAAUAUAAUUGGAUAUUAUAGACGCAAAAUCUAUUAAGGAUAAACAUCAAAUUUAUUUAUAGUAAAUUUUCCGAAAUAUCACAUAAA